AUGCCCGCCCCCAUUGAGAUAACAGACCCUCUCGCCGUCGUGCGUGACCUCUACGACGACGAGAAGCUGGUGGUCGAGGACUUUGAGCGUCAUGCCAGCCACUGCCGCCACUGCUCCCACGCUGUCCAGACAUACAAGGAUGGUCUUCCACUCUGCGAGUUGGGCAACACCCGCGCCCGCACUCUGCGCAACUACCUCUACAGCCAAACCGGCAAGCACUUCUCCACUGUGGACUUCGAGAGCGGCAAGUCUACACGAGUGAAGGUGCCCCGGGAUGCCUUCGCUACCCGCGAGCUUCUUGCAGCCAUCGAGCAGGGCAUGCGCAUCCGCGAGAAGGCCGUCGUCGUCCAGAAGCCUGUCCAGCCCGUCGAGUCCGCUCCGUCCACCAGCUACGACCGGACCUACCCCGUCCCAGCUCGCAAGGUCAGCUCCAGGCAGACUCGUCCUCGCUCCAUGUCCCCCGAGACUUACCAGCUCAUCGAGAGGGCGCCGCGCCUUUCUCGUUCCCCGACUUCGAUCAUGUACUGCUCUCCCGGUGGCUCUCCCAGCCGCCCAUCCUCUAGCCGUGGGUCGCUAUAUGGCGUCGACCGACAGGAGCGCGUGGAGCGCCAGUACGAGACCCCCCGCCGCUACGUCGAGGGCUCCCCCAAGCACCGCUGA